AGACCUCUCCGUGUCCCCCCAGACAGAGGCUGCGGGCUCUGUGCUCGGAUGCUGGGGGCCCACCAGUGCGAAGAGGCCACAUGAAGGCACCGUGAAGAGGGUAGCCCUCACUUCCACAGACCUCGUGGCUGGGAGGUGAGGCUAAGAUGAGCAUAACCAGCGACGAGGUGAACUUCCUGGUGUAUCGCUACCUCCAGGAGUCAGGCUUCUCCCACUCGGCGUUCACCUUCGGCAUCGAGAGCCACAUCAGCCAGUCGAACAUCAAUGGGACGCUGGUGCCGCCCGCCGCCCUCAUCUCCAUCCUGCAGAAGGGGCUGCAGUACGUGGAGGCCGAGAUCAGCAUCAAUGAGGAUGGCACGGUGUUCGACGGCCGCCCCAUAGAGUCCCUGUCGCUGAUCGACGCCGUGAUGCCCGAUGUGGUGCAGACGAGGCAGCAGGCCUUCCGGGAGAAGCUGGCGCAGCAGCAGGCCAGUGUGGCGGCGGCGGCGGCGGCGGCAGCAGCAGCAGCGGCGGCCACUACAGCCACGACGGCCACAGUGACUCCAGCAGCGGUUUCCCAGCCCAACACCCCAAAGAACGGGGAAGCCACGGUGAACGGGGAGGAGAAUGGAGCCCAUGCCAUGAAUAACCACUCGAAGCCCAUGGAGAUCGACGGGGACGUGGAGAUCCCGCCCAGCAAGGCCACGGUGCUGCGGGGCCACGAGUCUGAGGUCUUCAUCUGCGCCUGGAACCCCGUCAGCGACCUCCUGGCCUCGGGGUCCGGGGACUCGACGGCGCGGAUCUGGAACCUGAACGAGAGCAGCAACGGGGCGUCCACCCAGCUGGUGCUGCGGCACUGCAUCCGCGAAGGCGGCCAUGACGUGCCCAGCAACAAGGAUGUGACCUCGCUGGACUGGAACAGCGAGGGGACACUGCUGGCCACGGGCUCCUACGAUGGCUUUGCGAGGAUCUGGACGGAGGACGGGAACCUGGCCAGCACCUUAGGCCAGCACAAAGGCCCCAUCUUUGCCUUGAAGUGGAACAAGAAGGGGAAUUACAUUUUGAGCGCGGGUGUGGACAAAACAACCAUAAUUUGGGAUGCCCACACGGGAGAAGCCAAACAGCAGUUCCCGUUUCACUCUGCCCCCGCCCUCGAUGUGGACUGGCAGAACAACACCGCCUUCGCCUCCUGUAGCACCGACAUGUGCAUUCACGUCUGUAGGCUCAGCUGCGACCGCCCCGUCAAAACCUUCCAGGGACACACGAAUGAGGUCAAUGCCAUCAAGUGGGACCCUUCCGGCAUGUUGCUGGCGUCCUGCUCUGACGACAUGACGUUAAAGAUCUGGAGCAUGAAGCAGGACACGUGUGUCCAUGACCUGCAAGCUCACAGCAAAGAGAUCUACACCAUCAAGUGGAGUCCCACCGGGCCUGCCACCAACAACCCCAGCGCCAGCAUCAUGCUUGCCAGCGCUUCGUUCGACUCCACGGUGCGGCUGUGGGACGUGGAGCGCGGCGUGUGCAUCCACACGCUCACCAAGCACCAGGAGCCCGUGUACAGCGUCGCGUUCAGCCCCGACGGCAAGUACCUGGCCAGCGGCUCCUUCGACAAGUGCGUGCACAUCUGGAACACACAGAGUGGGAGCCUGGUCCACAGCUACCGAGGCACGGGUGGCAUCUUCGAGGUCUGCUGGAACGCCCGAGGGGACAAAGUGGGCGCCAGUGCGUCCGACGGCUCCUCACGUUCCUGUUCCCUUUGCUACAAUAACGGGCCCUCCGUCUCCCCGCAGGUGUGUGUGUUAGAUCUGCGGAAGUGACCGCGGUGGCCGGGAAAGAGGAGAGGUCAUGGACCAGCGGUGGGCACGGGGCCUCGGCACCCCUGGGGCUCGAUCCUGCAGCUGCCAGACUGCGCGGCGUGGCCCGUGGGCCUAGUCCGGGAGCCUGUAUUCGACGUCCUCGCCGAGCGUCUCUCUCACACACACACACACACACACACACACACACACACAGUUGUAUCCGAGGGGGGCAGCCCGGCGCCCCCAGCCCGAUGAUGCGUGCAGAUGGCUGCCAUGGGGGGGUGCCAGAAAAGGGGAGAGAGAAAGCUGCUGUGAUCACUCAAAAGGGGUAGGAGACUCUCCCCCCCAAACCCCCCUUCCCCUGCGGUCCACGUGGCUCCCUAACAGUUGGACACAGCGGGCUGCAGAGGGAUUCCAAAGCCAGCCUGUGCGGCGGGAAUGCGCCUGGGGGACCCCAACUCGUCCGUGUCCCCCACCCUGCGCUGUCCGGCGGCGUUGCUGGGCCUUCUUCCCUCCCCUGUCCUUGACCGUCCCCCACCUUUGUCCUCCCUGCCGGGUCUGGGCUUGCUGUAGACGCAGCCUUGGGGACACUUGGCAAAGUCUGUGCCUGCAGCUUUCUGCUCCUCCCCUCCUCUGUGCCCCCCCUCCCCUCCCCGCACCCCUGGUCAGAGCUGUGUGCUAUGCACCACAGGCCUCCAGGGCACAUUCCUCACAAAACAAGUGCUUUAUGUGGGAAGGCAGGGCAGGGGGCUUUUUACAGGAGAGGAAAAAAGACUUAUGAGAGAGAGCCCCGAGUAUUUUUGGAAAAAAGAAGAUAUUUUUAUGUGAAAACGAUUUUAAAAUCCUUACAAUGGCCGUCAGACAGAGAGCUUUGUGCGGUUUCCUGUUUUAAGCGGUUCCGGGGAGCGGUGCGUGGCGGGUGGGAGGGCACGCGUGGGGGGCAGAGCCGAGGGCGCUGCCCGGUCCCCGGGCUCUGCCUGGGCGGCCGCAGGAGCACAGUUAAGGAGGUGCACAGGGACCUUGGUGACCUCAGGAGCGAGUCCCCAACCAAGAGGCACCGAAGCCAGUACACAAGAGGCUCUGCUCCCUGUAGGUUGGCCCUGGGGCGCUGGGAAGGGGGCUGGCACGGCUGCCCCCAGGGCGCUGGGUCUGGCUGCUCAGAGGUGCCGGGGAGGGAGGCCCUGAGGGGAAGCACAGGUGGAAGGUCACCAUCGUGCACCUGGCUGUGCGCCGGGAGGUGGCUGUCCGGCUGCGCUGGGCCCCGCUGGUUCGCGGGGAGCAGUGGGUGGGGCCAUCGCAUUGGGGCGCAGCGGGGAUGGGGCGGCAAUAAACCCUAAUGCUGACCGACAGCUCUGCAGGGUCCAUCCCGGAGACAGGACACUGGUGGGAGGAGCUGGAAACCCACCCUCAGGGCGGGUGUGCAAGUCCCAGAGACCUGGAAGGCUGGGUCCGUGGGGCCGCCUUGUGCUGUCAUCAAGGGGCUCCCCGUGGAUCCUCCAGCCCCUGCCAGAGAAGACCCCAAAAUGCCGGUGCCAAGUUGGAUGCUUGCUUUGGGUCGUGGCCUCGUUGGAGCCCGGGGUCUCUGGUCACCAUUCUGGUCCCCAGCCUGCAGGUCCUCUCUGCCCGGAGAAGUCUGGACGUUGGGGGCGCAGUGUGUGGGGGUGCUGAGGAGCGCCAUCUGACACCCCAGCCCCUAAAAACGGGCGCGUCUCUGCAGCUGGGCAUCGCCGCCCCACGGGGGGCCGGGGGCCGGGACACGUCGGGGCGCCAUCGGGGCACCAUCGGGGCACCUGCGGGCUCGGAGCUUCCGUAGACAAUCCUCACACCUUGGUGUGGGGUGCACGCGACCCGCUGGCCGCAGUGAGGUGGGGGACCCCGGCCACGCGGCUCAGUCCCAUGGGGACUCCGCGGCCCCGGCUUCCUGCCCCUGGCCUCGGAGACGAGCUGCCGCAGCCACACGGGCCCGAGUGUCCAGGCGCCAUGACAGCGGGCAGCUGAGCCCGGGAAGUCGGGUCUGGCGGCCUGUGCCUGUUUGCCCUCAGUGACAGCUUACGCCCUAACGCUGACUGAGCAAAUGCUGACGGUGACCUUGAUCCUCCCACACCCAGCCUCCCGGAGUCUCCGCUGCGUUUGCAUGAGCGGGGCUGGCGGGAACGGCAGUGACCGGCUUCACCCCGGGACUGGAGUUCUCAUUUUAAAUAAGUUUUCGUUUUUAGUGAUUUCAGAGAGGAAGGAAGGAGGAGAGAGAGAAACCAUGAUGAGGGAGACUCACUGCUGGGCUGCCUCCUGCACGGCCCCUAUGGAGGCCUGUGCCCUGCCGGGGAAAUGAACCCAGACCUCCUGGGUCACAGGUCGCUGCUGGACCACUGAGCCACACCAGCCCGGUGGGGGCUGGGGUCUCCCUUCUGCCCUAACAUCGGUCGAGGGUGGGGAAGUGCACUUAGUCCCGCGCCGAGUCUGCUUCUCCUGCUUCCUCUCCUCUUGUACCAGUUCCACCUGUUUCCCUUCACAAACCGUGUUUCAGGUCAAAUGCACAAGCGUGCCCUCCGCCCCUCCUGGGGGCUGGGAGCUCUGGCCCCAGCGGUGUUUGUCGUCUGUGCCAGGUGUGCCAGCCCACUGCUCCGCCAGCGCCCAUGUCCGCGUCCACAUCUGUCCCCCCCCCACGUCCCCUCACGCGCUCCGACAUAAUGAUCACCCUGCGUGUGGUAGCCAUUUGUUCCCAGAGAACCAGCAGGUCCUGUUCAGCGUCUUGAAUAAAUCGCUCUAUUUUGAUACGAG